UGGCUGGGCGCCCACCCCCCGGACGGCCCCCUAACCGAGUCUGCUCUCUCCGCAGGGGCGCCCGUGGUCACCGAACUGCGCUGCCACUGCUUGCAGACCGUGCAGGGAAUUCACUUCAAGAACAUCCAGAACGUGAAGGUGACGGCCCCGGGACCCCACUGUGGCCAAACGGAAGUCGUAGCCACUCUCAAGAAUGGCCAGGAAGCUUGUCUCAACCCCGCAGCCCCCAUGGUUAAGAAAAUAGUCGACAAGAUGCUUAACAAAGGCAGCUCCAGCUGACCAGCGGCAAGAAGAAAGCCCCAUGAUGGCUGUUCCCAAAGUAGGCCCUGCCCUUACAGGAAUCAAAGAGGGAAAGGAGAAAUCAUCGGUACCUGGGGCCACCUGGACUGGACUUAAUAUGUUUGAACAUCUCUUGGGAGGAUUCUUCCACUUAUUUAUUUAUUUAUUAAUUUAUGUGUUGGCUAGUUUUCAAAGACUCUAGGUUAAUAUUUACAUGUAAAAUAAUUAAGGAUGUAAUGAUUGAAUCUACUUGUGCACUGGAUUAUUAUUUUUAUUAUUUAUUUUUUGAAAAAAAUCAAAUCAAUUGUCUUGGUUCUUAUUUAAUUUGAAGUAGAAGAUUUGCAAAUAUUCUUCAGUCAUUAAACUGAUAUUUCUGGGGAGCCCACAGCUUGCCAGCCCCUGUGAUAGAGGCUGCUGGAUCCAAAUGAAUAGUGAGGUCAUUGUCACCAUGGGAGAAUGUAUGUGUACAGCUAUUUUUGUAAAUGUUUAAAAGAAUGUUAGUUGUUAUUUACUGAAACGAUUUCACAGUUUGUGGUCAACAUUUCUCUUGUUGAAGCUUUAAGAACUACAAUGUUCCAAAUAUCCUUUGGACAUUUUAUGUCUUUCUUGUAAGGCAUAGUGCCUUGUUUAAUGUUAACUAUGCAGUGCUUUUCUGUGUCUUAGAAAAGAGAAGUUUAAAAAUUUAUUGAUAUUUUUACAAAGAAUGUGAAAAUAAAGUAUU